AUGAAGCUAAACGCAGAUGGAGCAUGGUGGAUGGUCACCGAAUAUGUCGAAGAACACAACCAUGACCUGAUAAAGAAUUUUGACCUAGCAAAAUUUCUGAGCGCCCACAAAGUAUUCAGUCCCCACGAGAAGAAAUUCAUAAAGUUGCUACAUGAUUGUAACAUCGGUCCAUCAAGAAUGGUCCAGAUACUGCCCCUGAUCCACAGCAAAGAUGGAAGUCUGAGUAGCAUGCCCUACAUACCAGCAGACAUCACAAACCUAAAGGCAAAGUACCAUAGAGAGAGCAGGUUGGCCGACAUAGAAGACAUGGUCGCCUACUUCAAAGAGAAAUCAAAAGCAGAUCCUGAUUUCUUCUACAGGAUAAGAUUGGACGACGAGGACCGUGUCAGAAACAUGUAUUGGGUGGAUGGUGCUGCAAGAAGAGCCUACAAACCUUUCCAUGAUUGCAUUUCAUUCGACGCGACAUAUCUCACGAAUAUGUACAAGAUGCCAUGUGCUCCAUUCAUAGGAAUAAAUAACCACAAUCAGUCCUUGCAGUUCGGUUGCGGUCUCGUUCGGAAUGAAGAUACUGAUGGUUACACUUGGUUGUUCAAAACCUUCUUGGAGUGGAUGGAUGGACUUGCUCCGAUGAACAUAAUAACAUACCAGGAUUUUAGCAUGCGUGCAGGCAUAGAGGAGGUCUUUCCGUUAGCAGUGCACAGACACUACAGGUGGCAUAUUACCAAUAAGGCUGGAGAGACGCUAGGACCAUUCUUUGCUGACCGUCCAGAGCUACACAAGGCAUUCGAGUUGUGUGUGGACCACAACUUGACAGUGGAGGAGUUUGAACAGAGCUGGACGGCUAUGAUUGAAACAUACCAAGUCCAAGACAACGAGACACUUAAUAGCCUGUGGGAGAAGCGAAUCGAGGGGUUCAAUGCUGUUUUGAAGCAUUAUGUGAGCCCUGGCAACUCAUUGUUGCAGUUUGCCAAGCAAUAUUCAGCUUUGCAACAGAAAAUACUGGGAUUUGAGCUACAGCAAGAAGCAAACACCGCACUCAAGCAACCUAAAUUGCUAACAAAUUUACCGAUGGAGAGGCAGAUGAGCAAGAUAUACACCAACAAGAUAUUUAACAAGUAA